CCCGUCUCCUGCAUAUGGGUAUACAGCUGGCCAGCUGAAAAAAAAGUACACCAGCCACACCGUGCGAGAAUGUAAUACCAUCUCCAGGUCUCAGAUCGCCGCAAUGGCUCCUCAACCUUAUCUACACGCUCACCCUUUGCCCGUUCAUGAUCGCCAGAGGGACGUGUUAAUUGCGAACGCGCUCUAUGUUUCGGGUGGUGUAGAUGCUUCGGCGAAAUAACGUCAUUGCUACAAAACAAUUCCACCGCAAAAUACACAGGCCUCGACGUGUAGCGCCGACCACGACCCCCGAACACCCCCAUUCCUACCUACGUCUGCGCCGUCGUCGUCGUCGUCGUCGUGGCACGCACAAUCUCUCACGAUGACUUCGCCAACAGACCCAAAAGUGCCCGACGUAGCAUCCACCGAGGGUCAACAAACACAGGCUCAAAACCCCCCUUCCUCGCCGCAUUUGCGCUUUGGACCUGACCGCGAACCGCUUCGACUCGACACCUCCGACAACACACACUCUCGCAAGCGGAGUGGAACCUCGAACACAUCCACAGCUCCUUUCCCAGACGUCGGUUCCCUUCUCUCGCCCAUUCGCUCCAUUCGCUCCGUCAAUUCUGGAGAUUCGGGUCUCCGAAGACGGCCCACGCGAUCGAACACCAUCAGAAACUAUGCGUCGCCCACGCGGCCGACAUGGGAGGAACCAGGCGCAGAGCCAGGUGUAGAUACCACAAAGGAAGUCGAGGUGCAUCACACAUUGCACAGGGAAUGCGACAUCACGGUCGUGGACUUCUCCGACGAGAGAGUCGAGUCUCACUCGCUGAACAACACAACGCUCGACGAGUUCCUCUCCCGGCCCAAGGAGUCGUGGGCAAUGUGCAGAUGGAUCAAUGUGAACGGCCUUAGUUGGGACGUCAUCAAGGCACUUGGAAACCACAAGAAACUACAUCGCCUCGCCAUUGAGGAUCUGAUGAAUACGCGGGGCCGCACAAAAGCAGACUGGUACUCGGAUCAAGCUUUCUUACUUCUGACUCUAUCCAAAUUGGUGAGAGUUCCAAGUGACUCUGAUUCUGAGAGCAGCGACUCUGAUUCUGAUUCCGACGACGACGAUGAGAAGCCAAGAUGGCCAAGACGCUCCGACCGAAAGAAGGAAAAGUCUAGAUCUUUCGUCGCACGUGUCAAAGAGAUCUUUGGUAUCAACCAAGGACCCUCAAUCCACAAAGACGUGGAGCGGACUUGCCCGGCACCAGAGAAAAUCUUUGAUCCCAGAAUCGCUGGUCGGACGCGCCAUGACGCCACUCCGCCAGACACGUUCCGCACCCUUCAGCGGUACCGUGGAGGCCCCAACCAGGACCGGAUCCUGUACAUGGAACAGCAUUCGGCGCUGGCGAAGAGGAAAUUGGCCGUCAACGUCGAGCAAGUAUGCAUAUUCAUAUGUGCAGACAACACGGUGAUCUCGUUCUUCGAGGACUCUGGCGGGGAGAUCGAGGCACCGAUGCUCUACCGCCUGAACCUUGAAGACACCAUCCUCCGCCGCAGCUGUGAUGGCAGCAUGGUCGUGCAAGCCAUCCUCGACGCCAUCAUCGAUCUCGCCAUCCCCGUCGUCGCAGCCUACGAAGACGCAAUGGGCGAGCUGGAACUCGACGUCCUUCGUGACCCUGACAUCUGGCACUCCCAGGCCCUCUACAUCCUCACAUCGGAAAUCUCCCUCCUCCGCAACACCAUCCAACCCAUCAUCUCCCUCAUCAACGCCCUCCGCGACCACCGCUCCGAGCCCGUCACCACCCCAGGCCACAACGGCCUGCCCACCCGCCGCACCAUCUCCUCCAUCGCCAUCUCCCCACUCGCCCACACCUACCUCGGCGACGUCGAAGACCACUGCAUCAUGAUCACUGCCUCCCUCGAGCAAAUGCGGCGCGCCGCCGACAACCUCAUCGACCUAAUCUUCAACACGAUGGGCGCCUACCAAAACGAAACCAUGAAAGUCCUCACGGCCGUCACCAUCUUCUUCCUGCCCCUGACCUUCCUCGUCGGCUACUUCGGCCAGAACUUCGCCCGCUUCUCCGGCGUCACGGACCACUCGGACGGCUUCUUCUGGAUCAUCGCCGCCCCCGUCAUGGUCGUCACCAUCCUCAUCCUCCUGAGCUUUAGGAUCGGCAGGGAGUGGCGCCGGUGGAAGGGACGGUGGCAGCUCAGCAAGGCGAAGCGCAGGUCGCGGCCCAUGUACGAGACGAGGAAGGGGGUUGCGGGCGGGUUGGCGGUGUCGAUGGCGAUGGCGAUGCCGCAGCAGGGGGGCGUCAAUGGAAGUGGUGGGGAUGGAGGUGGUCGUGGUGCGCCGCGUGGGCACAGCAGGAUGAAGAAGAAGCAGACAUUGUACGCGAAGAAUAUGAAGGGUCAGAUUGGCGGGUCGUUUUGAAGACAAUGGGGGGCUUUUCGGUCGAUCGUCCUAUCUUGCUGUUCGUUUCGUCUCGCUGUCCUACUGCCUGUCUGGUCGUAAUUAUACUGUUCAUUUGAUACCCACCCCCUUUCAAGAACCCUAUCAUAGAAAACAAACUACGAGGUACUACUACACUGAAAUACAAUAUAUCUAU